AUGGGUAUCAAGGGACUCCUUCCGUGGCUUAAAAAGUCCCAGCCGCAAGUCAUCAAGAACUUUCCGAUUCGAUGGGCCGCUCCUGAAUUCCGAGGAAAGAAGAUUGCCAUCGAUGCUACACUUAUGACAAAUAGGUUUCAUUUUGCUACUCGCGGCUCGCCGGACGAAGAGCAGAAUGAUAUCAUCUGCUGGUAUAAUAUGAUAUCCGAGAUGAGAUCUUUUGGGGUGAAGCCUGUAGCAAUUUGGGAUCAAAGGGGCGUUAGGGAUUGGAAAGCCGGAGAGGCAAGGAAAAGGCUGCAUUCAAGAGCGACCCAGUUGGCUCGGCGGAAUCACGAAUUCAUGCGCGCUGCUCGAGUCCAUCUCCUCGCCGACGCCACCAGGGAAUUCAACCUCAUGUCACCUGGAGAGCAAGAAGCGGUCAGAGCUCAUUGGGAAGCUACGCGUUUUGCCUUUGUCACUACUGCCGACGAGACACCCGACCCUGAGACUCCCCUCCCCACGCCUACACAAUUACCUUUGCCAGACGACGCCCCUCCAAGUAUGGCGGCCAAGAUUAAAGCUUCCUUGUCCAAACAAGAUCCACAAUCCCGCGAACGUAUCGUAUCAAUGAUUGACGUCCUCUCCUUCAUUGUCAACAACUAUCGCGACUCUUGGCGUCCUCAGAAACUUACUCCCAAACGUCUUCCGGACGCGGACGGUGCGAUCGAGGUUGAGCUGGAUGUUCUAGAGAAGGAGCUCCAGCUAUGGACGGAGGUGUCUCAGCAGGGCAAGGAGACCAAUCUCGAAGAAUGGCAGAAAGGUAUCGAGUCCUUCGACCAAAAGCUCGAAGAUCUCGUCCCUGUCGAAGAAUAUACCGAAACAUUCCGCCAAGCAGCCCUCUCCAAAGAAGAAGGCGACAUCUUCAACCUCAUCCUCUCCGGCCCUUCUCCCGAACCAUAUAUCCCUUCUCCCGGGCAAGCUACCCUCCCAUUCGUUCCUUCUAAUGAAAUGUCGGCGGUAAAGAGGCUGGAAGGGUUGAUACAUAAUCUGCCAGUGGUGAGAGGGGCACAUGAGCGGGCUUUGGACAUGCCCACGCAAGGAGAUCACGUCGACUGCCAAGCCCUUCUCCAGGUCAUGGGUGUCCCCGUACUCACCGCCCCCAUACCCUACGAAGCCGAAGGCCUCGCAUCCACCCUCGCCAAAGCUGGUCUAGUCGACUUUGUCGGUACAGAAGACAGUGAUGUGCUUGGGUAUCAAGCACCCCUCCUCCGCAACAUCUCUACUUCUUCCAAACCGCUCACAUUGAUAGACGGCUCACAAUUGAGGGAAGAGCUGGGUCUGGAUGAGGAGACGUAUAUGACCUUUUUGGUGAUGCUGGGGACGGAUGCGUCGGAGAAUAUACCGAAAGUCGGACCGGUGACGAGUUGGAAGUUGAUUCAACAAUACGGAUCGAUAGACAAAAUUCUUGCUGAGAAAGAAGAUAUCGUUGAACGGCUCGGCGGGCCCGAGGGAGUGGCGUUAUGGAUGGAAGGGUUCAGAGCAGGGCAAAAGCUGUUUAGCGACUUGCCCCCUAUCGACCCUGGCUGGGAUCUGGAAGGGAAGGAGGUCGAUGAGAGGGUGGUGGAAAAGUAUCUGGAGGAGAAACAUGGGAUCAAGCUUGUCACCAUAUGGGAGAAGAGAUCUCUGGGCACAGAUGAAGAGUCAGAGGGGGCGGUGAGUGAGAGCAAGAGCGUUCUAGAGGUGAGCAAGGUGUAG